AUGUUUCGCGCCUCCACUUUGACUUUGCUUGCCAUUUCUGUCAAGGCCAGUGGAUCGUUUGAGCCCGGAUAUCUGGCCAUCGCUGCGAACUACACACGCGCAGCGCUGGAUGGUUACUUGCAGGGAAGGUUCGGCCAGACAGCCGCUGAAUUACCUGCCAAAGGAGACCCCGCGCUGGACCCGUGCCCGAUCUUGAACAGUUGGCCAGACAAAGUGGAGAUCGACGCACCGAAUCCAUGCAACCCUUUAUCCAGUGCCGGUGGUUGGACAUCUGAGUCACCAGGCUCUGGAAUGCCGCUGGUGAUGACCUGGUCGCAGCAAUGCAGCAAAGUGGGUGCAAGUCUGGUUCCGGUGACCACCUACAGCCUUCCAUCGGGCGGCCUCUUUGGAACGAGCCAGCUGGUUCCAUCGUUGACUGGCAACACAUUCCAGCUCAACGACUGUGUGGGAUACACGCGGUACUACAUUGACGAGAAGGUUUACCACGUUGUUGGAGAGCCCGAUGCUCAUGCCUGCGAAAUCUAUGGCUCCUGCGAUGGCUCAGUUUUCGUGCAGUUCCUCAUCCGGGAUCACGCUGGGCGCAAGAUUGCGCACACCCCCUACCUGCAUCUUUUCCAGAGCUCCUUCAACAUCGAGGACACAAGCGGCAUGGUUGUAGCGCAUGUGGAAAGGAUUGGGCAUUGGAAUCCGAUGUCAAAAAUGUGCUCGACGAAGGGACACCGGUGGCUGGUGAAGUUCCCAGAUUUGACCAUGCCGGGUGCAUCCGCUGUUUUCCCCACUACUGCCGACAGGUGGCCAGUGGCGAAGCUUGUGACCAUCAUGGCCACCCGGGACUCCAGCCGCCUGUCUUCGGGCCUCGUGGCUCCCAGCGUCUGCGAGGUCGAGAAAACCGGGCUGCUGCUGAUCUCUUUGGUCUUCCUAGUGGUUGCCUUUGGAGCUCUCGGCGUCUUGUUUCUGCGGGUGGGUGUUGCCCCAAUGCAGAGCAGCUGUUUGGACUUCGAAAGUGCGUGCUGCCCGCGGAGGAAGGCGGCUGCGACGUCGAGAUUUCCAAAGUACACGGUCUGA